AAAACUUCCCAACAGGACCAGCCCGCUGCUCAGGCAGCCCAGUGUGUGUAGUAAGAGCCAUAUCGGGGGCCGUGCAGAUUGUUCUGAGGAAAGUUGAUGGAACGUUUGGUUAUCUUUCGGAUCCUAGCGAAUCAUUAAAACUUCGUAUUGUUGGCUACACGAGGAUUCAUACUGACAAGACAUUAGCUGCAUUUAUAUUCAAACUUUUUAAAGUGUCAAUGGGCUGACGACCUAAGCUAGCUAGCGUAACGAAUGGGCUAGCUAACUAAAGGUUUGGAGAGCGAUUAAACUAACGUUAGCUAAACUUGCCAGCUAAAAGUUAGAUGAAAACGUAGCUCGGCUACCAACAAUAAUAGCUACUACUGUUGGCGUAUGUUUCUGGUGUUAAACCCAAGUUUAUUUCGACUGAAUGUGCAGGUAACGUUACUAUUUUGGCACUUAAACUUCAUAGCCUGCUAGAUAAUUCAGGAGCUAACGUUAGCACAGCUACAGUAGGUAUGGGUUUUUUCUAGUUACUAAGCUAGCUAGCAGUAAUUGGGGGUUAUUUUUCACUGUCCGUAGUGGAACUGGGUCAACGUCCACGUACACCCUGAUAAGUAGCUAUAGCUACAUAAAUGUGCCUUGUUCCUUAAAACUAGCGUAACUUUAUAGGUGAAUAGCUAGCUAGUCUUAGCACUCUAACUAGGUAACGUUACUAGUUAACUUAAUGAAUAGUUACGUUUCAGAAGUUGAUCCACAAAUAAACUUGACCAGAGUGGCGACGUGGAGGAAAGUGGCAAACGUGUCUUACCAGGACAUUGGAAUACCAUGUUGGGACCGUCUUGACCAUUUGUGAAAUCGUUCUGAACGAUUCACGAGCAUUCCAAUGAGUGUAGAGGUCGUUUGAUUUUGCAGCAGCUUUGCACCCUAUGGUUCUGCUACAGACACCGAGAAAUGGAUGUUUCCAAGGCUGGUUUCCCAAACGAUGAGGGGCGACCGAAAGACACUGGAGAGCAUGACUGGACAGAUUCCCCCAACGCAAGAGCUUGGGCUCAUUCUGCUCCUCUUUCCCGGUCGCUGUGGACGGCUGUGUUUGACUAUGGAAGUACUGGAGAAGACGAACUUAGUCUGCGGCGGGGGGACGUGGUUGAGGUCCUCUCGAAGGAUGCUGCGAUCUCGGGAGAUGAAGGAUGGUGGACGGGUAAAAUUAACCACCGAGUUGGGAUUUUCCCUGCGAAUUAUGUUACUUAUCAACCUGCAAUUUACAGACUUCCCGACGGUAGCACUGUAGGGGUGCGGGAGCGUCCGAGUACUCCCGUGCAAAUAGAUUUUAGUGAACUCGUUUUAGAGGAAAUAAUUGGUGUCGGGGGAUUCGGUAAAGUUUACCGAGGGGCAUGGAAGGACCAAGAGGUUGCUGUAAAGGCAGCCCGACAGGAUCCUGACGAAGACAUUACUGCAACUUCGGAUGGUGUUAAACAAGAGGCCAAGCUCUUCUCCAUGCUACAACAUCCCAAUAUAAUAAAACUUGAAGGUGUCUGUCUUGAGGAGCCGAACCUUUGCUUGGUGAUGGAAUAUGCUCGUGGAGGGACUCUUAACCGGGCUUUGACAGGCCGGAGGAUACCCCCACACAUUCUUGUCAACUGGGCUGUUCAAAUCGCCAGGGGCAUGCAUUACUUACACGAGGAGGCUGUUGUGCCCAUUAUUCACCGUGACCUGAAAUCCUGCAACAUUUUGUUGCUUGAAAAAAUAGAGAACGAUGACAUUGGAAGGAAGACUUUGAAGAUCACAGACUUUGGCCUAGCCAGAGAGUGGCACAACACCACCAAGAUGAGUGCUGCUGGCACGUACUCAUGGAUGGCUCCCGAAGUCAUCAAGUCCUCCCUCUUCUCCAAAGGCAGCGAUGUCUGGAGUUAUGGGGUCCUGUUAUGGGAGUUGCUGACAGGAGAGGUACCUUACCGUGGGAUUGAUGGGCUGGCUGUGGCCUAUGGUGUGGCUGUCAACAAGUUAACCCUCCCUAUUCCAUCCACCUGCCCAGAACCCUUCGCCAAGCUCAUGGAAGAGUGCUGGGAGCAGGACCCCCACAUCCGGCCGUCGUUUGCCUCUAUCCUGGAGCAGCUGACAGCCAUAGAGGAGGCGGUGAUGGCCACUAUGCCCCAAGACUCCUUCCACUCUAUGCAGGAGGACUGGAGGGUGGAGAUCCAGGAGAUGUUUGACGAGCUCAGGACAAAGGAGAAGGAGCUGCGUUCGCGUGAGGAGGAGCUGACGCGUGCGGCGCUGCAGCAGAAGUCCCACGAGGAGCUGCUGAAGAGGAGGGAGCAGCAGCUGGCGGAGAGGGAGAUCAACGUGCUGGAGAGGGAACUCAACAUCCUCAUCUUCCAGCUCAACAAGGACAAGCCCAACGUCAAGAAGAGGAAGGGCAAGUUCAAACGCAGCCGCCUCAAACUCAAGGACGGCAACCGCAUCAGCCUGCCGUCAGAUUUCCAGCACAAGAUCACGGUUCAGGCGUCACCCUCCAUGGACAAGAGGAGGAGUCUGAACAGCUCCAGCCCCCCCAGCAGCCCCACACUCAUACCCCGACUCCGGGCCAUCCAGUUGUGUGCCCGCAUUGACAGUAUUCGAAGGGGCAGUAUGUAUGUGUAUCACCAGGAUGUGGAUAUCACCAGCGAGUGCCAGCCCUCUACUGGGUUUAGGAAGAAAGUGACUCUGGACGAGAGCAACAGGACAUGGGGACGAAGCACCAUCUACAAGCCGGAGGAGUUUGAUGACGUCAAGAAGGGGAUUAAGAAGAAGGGGCGAACGUGGGGACCGAGCUCCGUUCAGACCAAGGAGCGGGGAAACUGUGCUGAAAGAGUGAGGCCACUGUCUGAUGGAAACAACCCCUGGUCCACCAGUCUGGUGAAGUCCCAGAAGUCCGUUCCAUUGGCUGCAUUGUUUGCAGAGCAGCAAGGGACCAAUAAAGAUGAGAUAUGCUCACCAGAUAGCUCGGACAACAGCAAACCAAAGCAACUAAAGUUCCCCAAUCAGGUCUACAUCGAUCUACCUCUGUGGAAGGAUGAGCAGCAGCAGGGGGGUGAGGGGACGGCAGGAGGCUGCCCUGGGGAAGGCCUGGAGGACACCAGCACCACCUCAGCCAGCUCCACCAGCACCACCCCCCAGCACACCCCCACCAACAGUCUGAAGAGGGCCUCAGCUCGUCGCCGGACAGAUACCGUGCUUUACGUCUGUGCCUCAAUGCUGGCCUCGGUGGGGCUGGGCUUCGACCUGCGUGACACGCUCAAGGCCCCACCGGGAGACGACCCUGAGCCCCAGCCCAGCGUGGAGAAGAAGAAGAAAGAGGGUCUGUUUCAGCGCGCCACACGCUUCCGCCGCAGCACCAGCCCCCCUUGUGGACGUUCCUCUCGCAAGGAGGAAGCAGCCUUAUCCUUGUCGGCGGGCGCCCAAGGCCCUGUCAACCUCAUCUCCAUGUCCUCCAUCUCAGAGUGCAACUCCACCAAGUGCCUCCUGCAGUCAGACGCGGAGGGGCCUGAGCCCAUCCCUGUGAAGGAGGUAGACCCCAGAGCACAGCCCAACAGCGGCUCCCAGCCACAGGGUCCGGGCAGCAGGACUCUAGCUGAGGUCAAGCCCCUCCCCCAGCCUGCAGCCCCAGAGCAGACUCCGCCUCAGAGCAUGGGCUCUAGCCUCCGAAGGAAGAACUCGUCUGUCGUUCAGGACACUAAUGGUACAUCUGGCUGUCACACGACCUCGUCGGGACAAUCUUCCACCAUGACCUCUCAGAAGAAGUCUGACAGGGAGGAGACCCCUGAGAGAGCAGCCAGUGGGGAGACUGUUGCUUCCAGACCCCGGCCUUUGUCCCUCCGUGGCAAACCCCACUCAUGGGGUCUCUUGAGGGGCCAAAACAAGAGCUACUCCCUGGGCCACUACUCUGGCGAGAAGAGCGCCAGGAGCCUCAACAUCGUCCUCUCUUCCGCUGAGGUCAAGAUGGACUGCUCUCUGCUUGACAUGGACACGGAGGGGCAGAAACGUGACUGCACCGUGCCCCUCUGCCGAAUUCAGAGCAGCCCCAGUCGCCCCUCCGUCUUCGAACUAGAGAAAAAGUUCUUGUCAUAGCAGAAAUAAGCUGCCUUAUUACCAGGGUACCAGAGCAGAAUCUUUAACGUUUGAGUUGGAUCAACAACUCUUAUUUGACAUUCCAGGGCAUUCCACUGCCCUCAUGUUUUUUUAACCUGAAUGUGGGCCACUGCUGCUUGAUGAUACCUGUGCUUUUUUAUUUAUAUCUGUAAUAUUUUGAUAGGUAAUUUAAUAUUGGGGGAAAAAACAUUUCAAUAGCAUCAGGUUGAUUGAAUACAUUCCAUUUUUUGUUGCAAAAAUGGCGCCAUUUCUGCACACACACUGGUUUGGAACGUGGCAUCUCAAGUUAGAAAAUGAUGCGUACUUUAAAAUGUCAAACAAUGUUCAUUUGCUUUUGUCUAUAAAUACAUUUUUCUCCAAUUUGAUUUAAUGCUGGUUAUUAUUUUGUUUUCUAUUGAUUUUGUUCAUCGAUUCUAUUUUAUAGAUGCCACAGUGUUUAUUUUAGGACAAGUUCUGUCCAAUGUCAGAGGUAAUAUUGAAUGUCUUUGGCUCAUCUUUGACUUCUGUCUGGAAGUCAACAUGUGGCUCAACUGACAGAUGUAGAGUAACAGUGCAACCAACAACACUGGAGAUCAUAGUCUCAACACUGAAACACUAAGCAAGGCCUGGUCAGCCACUACCUUACCACUAUAUGACUAGACAAGCGUUACAAACAACUGAACCAGUACCACUACUGUACAGACUAUUCAGCAUUAUUCGCUGCUAUGUUUUUUGUGGAAUAUGACCAUUUGGCUCGAAACCAAUUCACAUGGGAGCUUAGUCUACCUAGCUUCCUGUGCAAACACUAUUUUGAAGAACAAAGAAAUGGUGAUUGGAUGGGGGGAAAGUAUGAAGGUGUGUUAUUUGGCUUAUCAUAAAUGUAUAUUCUGUAUGAAUGGUUAUCAUCAUUACAGUAUUGAUUAUUUCACACCUUUGUUCCUAAAGAUGGAAUGACAUUUUGAAAAAAAACAUAUUCCAAUACUUGUUUGGGUAUCAGAUGCAGUAUUCCUUAGCUUUUUGUUAAUAUGAAAAUGAUUGUUGACUGGAACCACCUUUUUGAUGCACCUAGACUAUUCAAGUUGUUAUCGUCUAAAUAUUCAGUCCCAUGCAAGUCAUCAGUACCGAGCAACAUGUAAAACUGUCCUGUAAAUAUCCAACGUUCAGUAUUUGUUUGUCCCGUUUAACUUUCAAUAUUUUUUGAAAACCGUAUAAUCUCCUUUUGUAGUACUGUUUUAAAUCUUGAGUACUUCUCUUUAUUUAAAUCAACAUUCCUCACAGUACAUCCCAGUCAGCUGUUGAAGGUCAGUACAACUGGAAGAAUAUCUUAUUUAAAAAAAAAAAUAAUGAAACACUGCCUUUGAGAUCACAUUGUCAUAGCUAGAUAAUUUAUGGGGUCCUUGCUAUAUCCUGACAUGUUAUGCCUGCCAUUAAUACAACAACUUUGAUAAGGCUUUCUUUUUCAUACUUUUUAUUAGCAUUGUGUUUGCUGUGCUUGGGAGAAGAACAGUGCAAGAGAUUGAGACAGACAUUUACAGAUCUUUAUUUAUUUUUUUGAAACUUGUUUUAUCACAUUUUGUUCACACCGCAGAAUCCCAGUGCUGUUUUAUCCCCAUAUUAACAAUCACAGGCUUUAAGUAAUACAUCAGUUGACCUCAACCUUCUUUUAUACUUGAACCACUUCAAGAAUGGCUGAUUAGCAUGAUAGGUCUUUCAACCAGCAUGAAUCCUCAGAAACCCCCCACGUUCUUUCUGGAAAUGUAAAUCAAGUCAAGACGACCAUACUAAACAAAUCUGAAUGCGUACCUUCAGAAAGUACUUACACCCCUCGACUUUUUCAAAAAUGUUUAGUCAAUUUAAAAUGUGUUCAAUUGAAAUUGUGUCACUGGCCUACACCCAAUACCAUGUUUUUUUUUAGAAAUGUUUACAAAUUAAUUAAAUAUGAAAAGCUGAAAUAUCUUGAUUCAACAAGUAUUCAACCCCUUUUAUGGCAAGACUAAAUAAGUUGCAUGUGUGCAAUAGUAUUUAACAAGAUUUUUGAAUGACUACCUCAUCUCUGUACCCCAUACAUACAGAUAAUUGUAAGGUCCCUCAGUCAAGCAGUGAAUUUCAAACACAGAUUCAACCACAAAGACCAGAGGUUUUCCAAUGCCUCGCAAAGAAGGGCACUUAUUGGUAGACGGGUAAAAACAUUUAUUUUUAAAAGCAGACAUUGAAUAUCUGUUUGUGCAUUGGUGAAGUUAUUAAUUAUACACAAUCACUAAAGAUACAGGCGUCCUUCCUAACUCAAGUUGCUGGUGAGGAGAAAACUGAGGAUGGAUCAACAUUGUAGUUACUCCACAUUAGUAACCUAAAUGACAAAGUGAAAAGAAAGCCUGUACAGAAAAAAUACAAAAAAAGACAAAACAUCCUGUUUGCAAUAAGGCACUAAAGUCAAACUGCAAAAAAAUGUGGCAAUGGAAUUAAACUUUGUCCUGAAUACAAAGCAUUAUUUUGGGGGAAAAUCCAACAAUCGCUGAGUACCACUCUUCAUAUUUUCAAAUGGUGGUGGCUGCAUCAUGUUAUGAGUAUGCUUGGCAAAACUUGAACAUGACCAUCAAGCAAUGAUCAACAAUCAACUUGACAAGAGCUUGAAGAAUAAUUUUAAUAAUAAUAAUAAGUGUGCAAAUAUUGUACAAUCCAGGUGUGAAAAGCGCUUAGAGAGACUUACCCAGAAAGACUCACAGAUGUAUUCUCUGCCAAAGGUGAUUCUAACAUGUAUUAAGUCAGGGGUGUGAAUACUUAUGUAAAUCAGAUAUUUCUGUAUAGGGUAUUGCGUGUAGAUGUGUGACUUGUCAAAACUUCACGCCAGGGUAAGCCUACACAGCCCUUAUUUGAAGUGUAAAAAUCAAUGGUGGAAUAACGAUUGAGACCAUUCCCCUGUUUAACCGCUAGAUUCUAUGGGUAUCUAUGACUCAUACUGCGGUACUCUAUAGCAGGGUUUCCCAAACUUGGCCCUGAGGAUCAGCUGUGUAGUGCUGGGGGGGGGGGGGGAGAGAACCCUGAGAUAGACGUGAAUGAGCUCUGCUGUUGAUCUGCAGACUCUGUGUUGACGAGGGAGAAAACAACCUGUCUCCUAUGUUCCCAACACUUUCACCAAAGCUCAAAGUCACUCACAUUCCAUGAGACAGAUUUUUGAUACUGUAUUUUUAAAUCAGCCGUUUGGUUUGUGAAAUUAUGUAAAAGUAAAAUUGACAAAUAUAUUUUAUUAAAAAAGAAAGUUGAUUUGUUAUGUAGCAUCCAUGUACAUACUUUUAUUUGUGACCUAGUGUAUGUAUUCUAGUUAUUUCCUGAAUGAAUCAUCUGUAUUGUGUUUAUCCCAAGAAAUGGAAUACAUUGUAAUAGAUUUUUUUUUCUUCAUAGAUGAGGUUAAACCUGUAAAACAUGAAAAUGUAUGAUUUGUAAAAACAAAAAAUCCUAUCAUACAUGUAUUAUACACACAUUGUUAUAUGGUUAUCAAAAACCAUAGUCUGAAAACAUAUUGCCAUUCUGUUACAAUUCAAAACAAUCUAAGUCAGAGCAUAAUAGUGAGAGUAAUUUUAUUCAGGGUUAAAAUUGUUGCUGCAUGCGUAAGACUGAAUAAUGAAAUGUGAAAUAUAUGAUUCUGUCCCAUGUCAUGUUGGUGGAAACAGAACAAAUCUAUAGUGAUAUGAUGUUAAAGAUACAGGUAGGAUGCAUUCAUAAAGAGCAAUCAAAUGGACUGUCGAUCUUACACAAAAGGAUUUGUUGUACGAUCUGAAAUUGCAAUUUAUGAAUUGUAGAUUUUAAUUGUUGUCUGAGAUGACUGUAGUAUAAGAUAAACAAUUAUUGUUCAUAUUUGUUUUGAAUUAUUAGUGUCCCUUCUGUAAAUCAACCUCAAUAAAGAUAUCCGCAAGGAUAUGUUUGUCAAAGCAAAA